AUGCUGCUGUCAGGUUUGGCCACAGUCUCUCCGGGGCGUUUGACGUGCGCACCAGGGAGCGGAGCUGGUGUGUCCUUUGGUGUUUUGGUUGCACAUUAUUCCACACCAGGAGAUAACGGGCAGAGCUGCAGACAGGCAGUUUUUUCAAGGCGCAGAAGAGAAGACAGGCUGAGAAAUGUGGAAAUGUGUGGCAGGAUUGACUGGACGACCACGCUCCGUGCCUGGGUGUGGUGA